CCCCCCUAUAUUUACCGCUCUAAUUAUUUUUUAAAGCACAUGAAACAAUACUCCAACCACUCAGAAAUCUACUUCAAAAUUAGAUAUUUUAUAAUUACAGGAAGACCGAAACGGCCUCAGCCAAUUAGAUUAUAGCUUCGCCUAAAGCGGAUUGGUCUCUUUUAAGCCCUGCAGCUUUCCGUAUCAAAAUAGCAAUGGCGUCCUCGGAGGACGUAAACGUCCGAAUUUGCGGACAAGAAAUAAUAAAAUACGACCUGGAGAUAAAGGCUCUCACUCAGGACAUCAUUAAUUGUCCUGGACCUCAUUCUGCUCUCGCAGAGCUCAACUCUCGGGUCAAAGAGAAAUUCAACAAGCUGCGGCUCAGGAUACAGGAUCUGGAGCAGAUGGCUCAGGAGCAAGACACACAAUCCAACAGACUGUCCAUCCUCAUGGAGACGGAGAGCCAGCGACGCCAAAUGCUGAGCAACCAGACCGCAUGGCGGAAAGCCAACCUGGCCUGUAAACUCGCCAUAGACAACAUGGAAAAAGACGAGCUUUUGCAGGGAGGAGAAAGCCCGAGCACCAGACAGAGGAAAGUGACCAAAGAAAGUUUAGUGGAAAGCAGCAGCAACAUCACAGAGAGUCUGAUGUCCAUCAGCAGGAUGAUGUCAGAGCAGGUGAAGCAGAGCGAGGACACCAUUGGCACUCUGGCCACCUCCUCUAAAACAGUGCAGGAAGCCAACGAGGAGUUCAAAACCAUGACGGGAACCAUCCACCUGGGGAGGAAACUGAUUCUGAAGUACAACCGCAGGGAGCUCACAGACAAGCUGCUCAUCUUCUUGGCUUUAGCGCUUUUCUUUGCCACCGUCCUCUACAUCCUUAAGAAACGCCUCAUCCCCUUCAUUUAAUGAGCCGGCUGGCUCUGCAUCUGCCUCGUGACGAGAUCCCUGCAGGGAUUGUAAGACGAGGAACAGCAGAGCAGAAACUACCUGGUUAGAGAAGAAGGAAUAUAAGAGAUGUUACCUUGCUUAGGAUGCAGGAGGUUAGUUGUGAACGUGAGGACUAGAGCUGCACACUGCCUGAUUGUUAACAAUGUCUGGACUUACUGGAGUAACUGUUGGGACAUUUAGACAUUCUUCAAAUUAGAAAGAAAGAAAAGCUAAAAUUUGGUUGGCAUCUGCAACAGAAUGUAAUGACUUCAGUUUGUUCCUGGAUGUUUUCAUGUGAGUUUUCUGGCUAACUGGUCCAAAGGUGAAUGUUAACUCCACAAGAUGUGCCUUUCUUCCUUCGUUUUAAUAAGACAAAAAAAUCUCCACAAUAAUGUUUUGACAUUAUUUCACAUCACAGGAAAGUCUUGUGAAAGGAGCUUCAGGAACAAACAUGGAGGGUUUCCAUCAUGUGUCGUGAUUUGUCAAACUUAGGCAGAAACAUGUUGUACAAAUGUUUUUUGCUCAUUUACAUUUCUAGUUUUUAACAUCUAUGCAGGAGGAAUUAAAAAGACAUGGAAGCAAAGUGCUACAAUGUUUAAACUUUUGUUUUAUUUCAAAGAGAAAUUACAUGUUGUAGCUCAAACAAAUUCCUUCAGCAUUGGUUUUGGUCUGUAAGUAAUAAUGUUUCCAAGUCGUGACUUGAACAUAAUAGAGAAUCUACAGAUGGUGCAAUAAACGAAAGUGUUUUACAAGCUCUAAAGGGUUAAAAUACUAUUUAUAACAUAUUGCCAGCAAUUAUAAGAGUAGUUUAAUUGUAACGCCAAUAAAGGCUUUUCUGCU